GAGAGGGAACCCCUUUCUGCCCGGCUCGGGCAUGGCGGCGGGGUCUUUGGGGGCGUGCUGCCGGGCGCUGCGGCGGGCGGGCGGCGUGGCCGGGCUGGUGCUGCUCUACUACGGCUUCUCCAUCGGGAUCACCUUCUACAACAAGUGGCUCAUGCGCAGCUUCUCCUUCCCGCUCUUCAUGACGCUGCUCCACCUGCUCGUCAUCUUCCUGCUCUCCGGGCUGGCCCGAAGGGGGCGGGGCCUCGCACUCGGGGGCGGGGCUCCAGCAGGGGGCGGGGCCUCUGGGCGGGGAGGGCACGCCCCCACGCGCAAGACACGCCCCCUGCUGCCCUGGGAUGCUUACCUGCGCCAGGUGGGGCCCGCAGCGCUCUCCACCGCCUUGGACGUGGGCCUCAGCAACUGGAGCUUCCUCUACAUCACGGUCUCCCUCUACACCAUGACCAAGUCCUCGGCCGUCCUCUUCAUCCUCUUCUUCUCCUUGGUCUUCAGGCUGGAAGAGCCGCGUCUGGCGCAGGUGCUGGUGGUGCUGCUGAUCGCGGGGGGGCUCUUCCUCUUCACCUACAAGGCCGUCCAGUUCAACGGGGAGGGCUUUGCGCUGGUGCUGGCGGCCUCCUUCCUGGGGGGCAUCCGGUGGACCCUCACCCAGAUGCUGCUGCAGAAGGAGGAGCUGGGGCUCCAGAACCCCAUCGACACCAUGUUCCACCUGCAGCCCGCCAUGUUCCUGGGGCUCUUCCCACUCUUUGCUGCCUUUGAGGGGCUCCCGCUGUCCACCUCGGAGAAGCUCUUCCGCUUCCACGACGAGGGUCUGCUGCUGUCCCUGCUGGCCAAGCUGGCCCUGGGGGGCGUCCUGGCCUUCGGGCUGGGCUUCUCCGAGUUCCUCCUGGUCUCCAAAACCUCCAGCCUGGCCCUCUCCAUCUCCGGGAUCUUCAAGGAAGUCUGCGUUCUGCUCCUGGCCACCCACCUGAUGGGCGACCACCUGAGCCUCCUCAACUGGCUGGGCUUCGUGGUCUGCCUCCUGGGCAUCUCCCUCCACGUGGUCCUCAGGGCCCUGGGCACCAAAGGCCAGAAGGGCCCCAAACCUCCAAAGGAGCCGGACUUGGAGCUGCUGUUGUUGCGACACCAGGACGGGGAGGAAGCGGCGGGCGAAGCCCCCCUCCAGCGUUGACCGCCCUUACCCUGCGAUACCCCCCCCCCCAAAAAAAAAUCCACCCUGAGGGUCUCCUCCCUCCUUGCCGUGCGGCCGGACAACAUGAUGGGACAACUGGGGGGCUCCCAACUGCAAGGGAGUCGGACUGGAGAAGGGAAAUCUGCGGCUGGCCCAGGCCCACAGCCAGGCGGUCUUUCGGCAGAUGCUGGACGGUGGAGAAAGGGUUGGAUGGAUUGUGCUCCGGCUCUGAUACAUUGGCCUGGGUUUUGACAAUGGUAUUUCCAAAGACUGCCCCUCCCGGAAUACCCGAGGACGCUGCUUUCGGGGCUGGAACUGGGAGAAGCCAAGAGGCAGAGCAAGUGGGGACCCCGGGAAGACCCCACUCUCUGGGUCUCUCUUUGACCUGCUCUGGUGUCAUGAAUACUUUUGAAACAAAGGUCCUUUUUAUUGCCAUUUCCAGUGUGAGAGGGUAUGUCGGGACUUUUACAGAACAACAUUUAGACCAGGGGUCCUCAAACUUUUUAAGCCAAGGGCCGGUCUACAAUCCUUCAGAUUGUUGAGGGGCGAGAUUAUCAUUUGGGAAAAAAAAUGCAAACAAAUUUCGAUGCACACUGCACAUGUCUUAUUUGUAGUGCAAAAACAACAACAACAACAAUGAAAGAACAAUACAAUGUUUAAAAAUAAAAACAAUUUUAACCCAA